AUGUUCGGACUAACUCGACAGUACUUCCUGGCAGCUAUCCCAUUGGCCGGAUAUGGUUUUGGGUGGUUUUUAGAUAACAAGGAGACUGAACGAAUGACCAUGUUCCGUGAUAAGAGUGCGCUAUAUGGCAGAGUUCUGAAAGAAGGCGAGAAGCCCUCUUGGCCAUAAAGAUCACUCCUAGUCUAUGAGGCGUAAUUGUAGUGGGAAAUAUACUUGGUAAAGCAAA